ACAUAAAGAUCUUGAAUCAUUCUGUUUUGCUGUGAUAAAUAAUGGAACAUUCUCACCUUCUUGCAAAGGAUCUCACUGUACUAUUUGAAGAGCAAAUUAAUUCUCACUGGCCCAGGCAUUGUUUGUUCCUCAUUCUGCACCAACAAAAGACACUAACUGAUUAUUUAUCUAGUUGAUAUUCUUUGGCCCAUAUCUUGGGCAAACUAUUCUAUUAAAUAUAUCUUUUGUAGCUUUUCACCUACUUAGCUGAAAUGCAAUUCCCCAACCUCCUUUUGACACAUUCUCCUAGUGAUCCUGAAAGCCCAGUGCCAUCAAAUUGCAUUUACGUAGCACCUUUUAAAGGUGAAAAUGUCCCAAUAUAGUGAUAAUGGUGAUGGUUUUGAUUAGGAGGAGUGGGGAGAAAUGAGAGAGAAACACAGACAAGAAGAGGAUCAAGACAUGCCAUGGGCUGCAAGUCUGUGAGGGGCUUUUGAAGAAGACAAAGACUUUGCAAACAGGAACUCAGAGGUUAAAGAGGAUGGGAUUGAUAGGUGAGCAAGAUUUUGUGCAGAACAAGAUAUGUUGAGGUUGAGCUUUUGAUGUACAAGGCAAAACAGCAUUGAAUCCUUACUGAAGCAGGAUCUUAUGGCCCCAAAGACAUAAAGCAGAAAGAUUGUCAAGGUUAAUAGGGGUGGGAGAAGCAGAUGUCCUUAAACUGAUACAUAUUGCCAUUUUCAGCCAUAAUAAAUGGUAUAGAACUCCUACAGUUUUUACAUUACACAUUUUGAUUCCAAUUAAUCAAAGCACUUAUGUUAUUUAAUUUUUUUGCAUAAGACUGAAGAUAGAAAAUCUUAAGAUAGUACAUUGAGACUUGUAAAUUGUGGACACUGAAGGGAGGGACAUCAGCUGUGCCUUUUUGCAGAUGUCCUUUAAUACAAACUUGUAUGUACCUUGCGGGGUGGGGGAACAAAAAGUGAAUGAAUGGUAAGUUUAUUAUACAGUAUCCAUUGCACCAGAGUAACUAGUCUAUUUAUGGGAUUAAGUUCAUUAAGGCAUUCACCCUCCAGAUGGAAUUUAUGGUGUUCAUGUGCAAUUUAGUCCAUGCUUCUGCUGUUCCUACUGAGACAUUCAUUUGUUUAUUCUUCUAUCUGUCUCUCUGACUCAUUUAUUGGCAUGCACGAUCCACAUUGCAGUAAUCGCCAAAAUUUGUCCGCUUUGCUUGGUGCAAGAAAAAAUUAUUGGCUAAAACAAAAUUUCUUUCAGCUUCAAACGCUGCAGAGUGAAAACACCACCCUCAGGCGGCAGGUCACUACGAAUAUCUAUCAAGUUCCCAGUUCAGAAUACCCAGGUCCCUCCAAUCCUUCGUCCUUAAAACGGCGCCCGUCUGCACGUGGCAGCCGGCCUAUGUCCAUGUAUGAGACUGGCUCUGGUCAGAAACCCUAUCUCCCAAUUGGGGACAUCACAUACCCAGAGGACAGUAUUGCAGGACUUCAGCCCUUCCCUCAACACAUUGGGAGGAGUGCCUUUGUGACCUCCUCUUCAUCUUUACCUUCCUUCCCUUCCACGCUUUCCUGGUCCCGGGAUGAGAACACCCGAAGGGUUAAGUACCUUCUCACUUGGUCUGCAUCAAAACUCGAGAAACAGAACAGCAUGCCGGACAGUGACUACGAUAACGCAGCAAAUGACUUGGAGCCAGAUGAGGCUGGCUCUUGCCAAAAGGGUAAACUAAAAAGCAUUGGACGGUAUGAAGAAACCCCAGUACUAGACCUGGACAAUCCAGAUGCAGAACCAGAUUCCACUCUCCCAAGCACAGAGGAUGUAAUUCGAAAAACAGAACAAAUCACCAAAAAUAUUCAGGAGUUGCUGCGAGCUGCACAAGAAAACAAGCACGACAGCUUUAUGCCCUGCUCAGAAAGGAUACAUGUUGCUGUAGCUGAGAUGGCAGCACUUUUCCCAAAGAAGCCUCGUUCAGAGAUGGUUCGAGCCUCACUGAGGCUAUUAACUUCGAGUGCAUACAGACUGCAGUCAGAAUGCAAGAAAGCACUGCCGAUGGAACCCAGUCCUACAACUGACAUUCAACUAAUUACACAGCAAGUGAUCCAGUGUGCAUAUGAUAUUGCCAAGGCAGCGAAACAACUUGUUACAAUAACAACAAAAGAAAAUAACAACUGAUUAAAGCUUUUUCCUUUUUUUAAUUGCAGAAUUUUUUUUAUAAGGAAGAAAAUUGUUAUGGAAAUGUACCAGAAUUGUUCUGGGCUUUCUGUCAGUAUUAUGUUUGCAUGCUUUUUAAUAACCUUAUUUACCAUUUUUGGAUAUUAAAAUAACCUUCCUUCUGCCUGUAUAUUGGCAGCAGAGUUAGGCUCGUUUCUCGGGGUGCUAUUUUCGUUUGACAUCAACACCUACUGGCAAUAUAUUGCUUUCUGGGAGUUUAUAUAAGCCUGAUUACAGUUGGUUAGUAUUGUGAAUAUAACUGAAGUAUAUUGAUAACAGUAGAAAUGUAUAGAAACUUAAAUUGCAUUUCUUCCACAUUACAGACCAACAUAUUUCAUACAUUAUGCAAAGUAAGGGUAAAUAUUUAAAGUUGCUGCAUUGGGAGGGGAGGUGGAAAAUUUUGUAUUCGCCAAAGCUAUAAAUAAGAUUUUAAUUACCGAGCAGUCUUGAUUAUGGUGCAAAGUCCAUAGUAAGGGAAAUAAACUAAAAUUGAAGUGGGUAUGAUAGUGGGUCACAAAAAUAAAUGCAUAUUGGAAGGCGCUAUCAAAUUUGGGUUUAGAAAGUCUUGGAUUGUAAGUGAGGGAUGUACGAGUGGGUUAAAAUCUACAUGUUACGCAUCGGGCUGCUAUAGUGGUACAACUACCUAGGAUUAUCAAAUUGACGAAGAUUUUAGCUGAAACUGAAAGGCUAUAAAAGGAUUGCUGAGCACAAUGUUUUUAAUCCAGUGAAAGAAUUUAAAGCAAGACUGUUAUGUAAAGUGGAGAGGUGGACUGUAGGACUGUGGAGAAAGAGCCAGGCAAUGGGACUAAUUGGUAAAUCUAGCAUUGACUUGAUGAGCUGAUUGGUGCAAACAGAAGCAGGCCAUUCAAUGAGUUAUGGAUUGUUUCUAAAAACAGGUCGGCAUUUAGGCUAAAUCUGUUUUUUUAAAAUUCUCACUUUUUUUUGUUUGGUCAGCAGACUGAGUUCUGUUAUCACUGACAUUAGCUUAUACCAACAUACUUUUCGAUAAGUAUUUUGGUUUCUUAAGAGUUUCAAAAGAGCAUUAGAAUAGCUUAAAUAUUUGCUAAUGAAUGCUUUUUUACAUGAGUAAAUUUAAACAUAUUCCUUCAUUCAGCCAUAUGCACAACUUUUUAAAUGAGCAGCUGUGUGAAUCAGUAAAUCAAAUUGGUUAAAGUGCAUAUAAACUAAAAGCCAUAUUCAUUGUUGUUUUCUGCAAACUGUACCUUGUAAUAUUACAGCUUGUGACCUACAUGACUGACAAGUAUGUAUUUAUGCAAUAUAUAGCCAAUCCUUUAAUAUUGAUUAUACCUCUUUCUGUGGAAGAUAUUUUACAUCUUUGUGUUUUGCUUGUGUGCGCAGAAGCUAUUUAUCGUUGAUGCCACACCUGUCAUUCAGACAGCAUUUUUUGGUUAGUUAAUUUUAUGGAAGGUCAUUUAUUUUUGGUUGGUAAACUUUUAAUGUUGACUAAACUCAGUUAGCAGAACUGUAGUAAAACUUAGUCUAUGUACUUUUCGGAUUAAAUUCUUGAAUGUGAGAACCUGAUUUCUGUAAAACUGCAUCUCAGUCAGAUAUACUAUAUACUGUUCAUAAAGCAUGUGGGGUUUCAACCUUUGGAACCUACAGCGAUUGAGACUAGCACCUAAUUUGGAUUCACGCAGCUGUGGCUUCCAAAUCCUCUUGAUGGUAAGUGAAUUAAGAAAUGUGGGAAUUGGGAAGUCACCAAAUUUUUGUGCAAGUGAUUUUGAAAUGGUUAAACUGGGCAUCCCAGUCAACUUUGUAUUGAUUGAAUCUGCAUCUCGACUAAUGCAAUGCAAAAUAUGGUGUGGAUUUGAACUGGCAGGACCAGUCUAGAAGUGCACUUCUUGCCAGCAACUCGCAAGUAUCAUUGUUAGCAGCUGUAUUGGGGAAGAAGUGUUCCCAGGUCAUUACAGUCACGUGUAAAGGAACAUGAUGGCAGAGUUUAUGAACUUUCAGUUAGGAUUUAAGUGGGUGUAUGAAGAUGUCAGUAAGAUGAUGUAAACGGGUUAAUGUUUGUGACUGAGGCAAACAGAUUAGUAUAUUUAUGCAGGUUGUACUCAGGAUCUUUUUAUUUUGAACAUGAAAAAUGGAGAGAUUAUUUUCAGGCAAGGAUGGAUUUUGUGGUACUGUUUUGCAAUAUGAAUUAAAUAUUCCUUAAAAAUGACUACACGGGCAUUGGCAUUACAGACUACGGCAUGAAAUUUAGGCACCGAUGUAGUUCUGGGGUGGAACUUAACAGAUUAGUUCCAGAUUUCUGAAGAAGGGUCUAGGCCCGAAACAUCAGCUUUCCUGCUCCUCUGAUGCUGCUUGGCCUGCUGUGUUCAUCCAGCUCCACACCUUGUUAUCUUAGUUCCAGUGUAUGUCUGUUUUCUCUGUUCCAAAAACUUGCAGCCUUUGAAGCAGGUAUAUAAUGUUUUUUUCACUUUUCUCUCCCUAGAGUGAUUGAAUCCCUACAUACCUUUGUCAUGUGGCUCUUGCUGUGUAAUAUUUGUGUCACUUCCAGCAGCUAAUGGGUAUAUUGAAACCAACUAAGCAUGGAACUGUGUACAGUUUGUAAUGUGUUUACUCAGAUUUAAUAAAUACAUUAUAUGUACAUACAA